AUGGCGUUCUUAAUCAAGAGCAUGGUGGGCAACCCCUUGAAGAGUUUUGGAUUUGGAGAAUCAAGCGAGGAGAAGAAAGAAGGGGGUGAUGUGUCUGACCCGGCAGCUGCCCAAGGGAUGACCCGGGAAGAGUAUGAGGAGUAUCAGAGGCAACUAGUAGAGGAGCAGAUGGAAAGAGAUGCCAAGUUUAAUCAGAAAAAAGCAGAAAGAGCCACAGUGCGGGUACAUUUAAGGGAAAAAUACAGAUUACCACAGAGCGAAAAGGAUGAUAAUCAAAUACAGAUGGCCGGAGAUGACAUAGAUCUACCAGAAGACCUCCAGAAAAUGGUGGCUGAAGACGAAGAUGAGGAGGAAGAGAAAAGCUCAAUCUUUGGUCAUAUCCAAAAUAUUCAGAACAUGGAUGUGGACACACUUAAGGAAAAGGCAACAGCAACGUUCACAGAAAUGAAGCAAGCGGCUGAAGAGAAGUGCUCUGUGAUGUAG